GAUUAUAAGUCUGUGUCCGUCAAUGACUCUCCAAAAAAAAUCAAUCAACCAAACAAAUAAACAAAUCGCCAAAUCAAAUCUCAUCGUCACCGAUUUUCCAAACUCGCAAGAACGAACAAUCACCCGAUUCAUCAUCCUCAUCGUUCCCAUGGUGUAUAACAAUAUCACAGUAGUUUGAACAAGGAUUUUGAAACUUAAGAAAUUUUGUUGUUAAUGGCUUAAACCUAAAAAAAGAGGGUUAAGGUUGUGUGUACUAUGGAGCUUGAUUUGAAUCAGGAGCCUUUGGAUCGAAGUAGUAGUUCAGUAGUUGAAUUUGAUUCUGUAUUGGACGAACUCGAAGCUGCCGAGGGAAAUAUUCGGAACCGAAUAAGACACCUUGAAGAGAUUACUUCGAGAGCGAGGCAGAGUCGGAGGUUGCCGCGGAUGAUGAUGAAUUCGCCGAUUCGGAUAACUAAUUUUACGGGAGAAGCGAUGACUGAUGAUGAUGUUCGAGGUGAAGAAGAAAGGGAGGAGCAGAAUGAUGUUGAAAAAUGUGGAAAAAGAAAGAGUGCUCAUUUAGUAGCGAAAGCGUUGGGGGUGGAAGAGAUUGAUGAUGGUAAAGUGGAGGAGAGUAGUGAGAGUUUUUAUGAUUGUAAUAUAUGCUUGGAUGUUGCGAGAGAUCCUGUUUUGACGUGUUGUGGGCAUUUGUUUUGUUGGCCGUGUUUCUAUCAGUUAUCGUAUGUUUAUUCGAAAGCGAAGGAAUGUCCUGUUUGUAAAGGAGAGGUUACUGAAUCGGGUAUUAUUCCGAUUUAUGGGAAAGGUAGUGUUGGUGGUGAUUGUCAAAUGGAAAUGAAAGAAGCUGGUUUGAGAGUUCCUCCUCGACCUAAGGCUCCUAGAAUUGAGAGUAUUAGACAGAAGUUGAUAACCCGAGGUGCAUCUUCUUCUUCUAUUGUCCAAAGCAUUCGGCGGUUUCAUAACCGAAUUGGUGGAUUUGGAGAACAGGCUCAGUUAGAAAGCCCUAAUACCAGAGGUGAUAGAAAUAAUGGUACGCUCGUUCGUUCUCGCACGCAGACUGAUAUUAAUCAACACGCAGGCACUCAUCAAGUUUCAAGGAUGCUAGAACAAGGAGCUUCUUCAUUUUCAUCGCUUUCAUCAGCGAUAAAUUCUGCAAUGGAUUCUGCAGAAAGAUUAGUUCAGGACCUUGAAUCUUAUAUCCACGGCCACAAUAUAGGAGGAAGCAGAGAGUUAAACCAUCUUGCUGAAAAUAGAAGUUCAAUGUUUAGUUUCGCUGCUACAAACCGCUCGGAGAGUCGUGCUCAAGAUGUUGUUGAUGUGGCCAAUUCUGCUGCUGCAGCAGCUAGGAAUGUUGACAAUAUUGCUGCUAGUGGUUCAGAAAUUCAGACAACUGAUAAAGACAUAUAUAUUAGUCCGUUAGACCCUUCUUCGUCAAACAGUAGAAGAAGAAACGGUGCUUCAAGACAAGUUUCAAAUGAACCCAGCAGAAGAAGAAGAUUGAGAUGAUCAUCUUUUAUGUAAGGGGUAACGCAUUAUAUUUAUCAUAGGUUCCUCGUUUUGUUGCAUGCAUACUACAAUUUGUUUGUCAUACACAAUUUUCAUUCACAGUCUAAAACAAAUUUGUUAUGUUAUUUAUGUAUAUAUAGCGCAUUUUAUUUAACAGAUGUAAGGAUAUUUGUCUGUUUGGUUUGGAUGAUUUGAGCCUAUUUGUCUGUUAUGGAAACAAUUUAUGUCA